AUGGCACCAGCUCAAGAAGAAACAGAUGCUGAGAAGAACAUCCAGAUCUGGAAGGUCAAGAAAUUGAUCAAGAACCUCGAGCAAGCUCGUGGUAAUGGUACUUCGAUGAUUUCGCUAAUUAUCCCUCCAAAGGGCCAGAUCCCCUUAACGGCGAGGAUGCUUGCUGAUGAGUACGGAACCGCUUCUAAUAUUAAAUCCCGUGUCAACAGACUGUCGGUGCUGUCAGCCAUCACUUCAACUCAACAAAGACUCAAGCUUUAUAACAAGGUGCCACCUAAUGGUUUAGUCAUCUACUGUGGUGAAAUUAUCACUGAAGAAGGCAAAGAGAGAAAGGUCAACAUUGAUUUCGAGCCUUUUAAGCCCAUCAAUACUUCAUUAUACUUGUGUGAUAACAAGUUUCACACUGAGGCCCUUUCAGAGCUGCUAGAGAGUGACUCUAAGUUCGGAUUCAUUGUUAUGGAUGGUAACGGAGCUCUUUUCGGUACUUUAUCUGGUAACACUCGUGAGAUUCUCCAUAAAUUCACAGUCGAUUUACCCAAAAAGCACGGUCGUGGUGGUCAAUCCGCGUUGCGUUUCGCCCGUCUCCGUGAUGAAAAGCGUCAUAAUUAUGUGCGUAAAGUAGCUGAAGUGGCGGUGCAAAACUUCAUCACCGCUGACAAGGUUAAUGUUACCGGUUUAGUGUUAGCAGGUUCUGCUGAUUUCAAGACCGAAUUAUCACAAUCCGACCUUUUCGAUAACCGUCUGCAGGCCAAGGUCAUCAAGAUUGUCGAUGUAUCAUAUGGUGGAGAAAACGGAUUCAACCAGGCCAUUGAGUUGUCUGCUGAGACCCUGUCUAAUGUUAAAUUCAUCCAAGAAAAGAAACUCAUCAACGCAUACUUCGACGAGAUCUCGCAGGAUUCUGGCAAGUUCUGUUAUGGUGUCGACGAUACCUUAAAGGCUCUCGAUAUGGGUGCCUGUGAAACUGUCAUUGUAUUUGAGAACCUCAACAUCAUGAGACUGACUCUUAAGAGCGCCGAUGGCGAGUCGACUGUGGUGGUACACGCUGCAAAGGACGCUCCCAACAAGGACCACUUACUGGACAAGGCUGGCAACGAGUUAGAAGUCGUCGAGGAGAAGCCACUCCUGGAAUGGCUUGCUGAGAACUAUCAAAGCUUCGGUGCCACCCUAGAAUUCGUCACUGACAGAAGUAGUGAAGGUGCCCAAUUCGUGCGUGGUUUCGGUGGUAUCGGAGCCAUCCUCCGUUACAAGGUCAACUUUGAACAGCUUGUGGACGAGAGUGACGACGAAUAUUUCGACGACGAUGAUGACUACAUUUAA